GUUUUUUGAGGAAUUGAUCGGCCGAAGAUUUGAAGAAAUGGACGCGAAACAAACGAACAGCAGAAAGAAAUCAAACCCGUGAUCUCAUCUUUCAUUGAAUCGAAGCAACCGCGUCUUCUUUCUACAGAAUUCGUCUUUGAUUUUUCCUUUUACUUCCCUCUGUUGCAUCAAUUUUAUCUUUUUUCUCUGUCUUUCUCCCAUCUUUUCCGUUUAAAUUCCCACGCACGAAACCAAAAGUUGCUCCCCAGAUUCGAAUCCCCUUCUGAUUCAAUUUCUUGUUCUAACCCAUCUUCUAAUUCUCUCUUGCUCUUCUUGUUGGCCAUCAAUGGCGUCCUUCUUUGGAAGAUUUACUUCCCAUUCCCAUUCCAAUUCCAAUGCUCCAUCCGCUCCAUCCGCGCCGUCACCACCGCCCGCGCCGGAAACCCACGACCAGGGCCAAUCUCACGGGACCGCCGCGCAGUAUUACUCCGAACAGCAGCGGCCGCGGCCUUAUGGGUCUGAUUAUGGCGGGGUUUCUUCAUAUGGGUCCUACGGUUUUCCGCCGGGGACAAGCCCUGAGGUCAUUAGGAGCUUUCAAAUGGUGGAUAGGGAUGGAAGUGGAUUCAUCGAUGAGAAUGAAUUGCAGCAAGCCCUUUCUUCUGGGUACCAGAGGUUUAGUCUUAGAACCGUUCGUUUGCUCAUCUUCUUAUUCAGAAAUCCGGUUGAUUCCACCAGAAUGGGGCCUAAUGAGUUCGCAGCAAUAUGGAGUUGUCUUGGCCAAUGGCGUGCCACAUUUGAGAGAUAUGAUAGAGAUAGAAGUGGGAAGAUUGAUGCAUUGGAAAUGAGGGAUGCACUCUAUGGCCUUGGCUAUGCAGUUCCAUCUUCCGUCCUUCAACUUCUAAGUUCGCUAUACGAUGAUCAUUGCGGCGGUCGAGUUGAAUAUAAUUUUGACAGUUUUGUUGAAUGUGGCAUGAUAGUAAAGGGCCUGACCGAGAAAUUCAAGGAGAAGGAUAGGAACUACACCGGUUCUGCAACGCUUACAUACGAAGAUUUCAUGUCAACGAUCCUCCCUUUCCUCGUAUCGUACAGUUAAAAGCCCCGAAAGGUGAAAAACGUCUCUUCAUUGGUUUGUUUUCUUGAAGUAGUGGAAGCUGUACAUUCAGGGAAGCUGCUGUUUUAGACCAAAAAGUUCAUAUAUGUUGGCAUGGGAGGGUCUUCCCUGUACAGAUUAAUUUGUUUGUUUAUUUGUUCUUCUGUUCUGAUUCUGUCUGCUGAGUAGAAGUCUUUUAUUUGUUGGUUUUUUUUAGGUUAUUUGUGACUCAUUUCAAUCAAGUUUCGGAGCUUGUACAAGAAGAUAAAGAAAUAUGUUGCUAUGAUUUAUUUGAGAGAGUUGAUUUUCUGUGCAA